AUGAACAAAAAAAAAAAAAAAAGAAAAAGAACUAUUACUAUAGAGAAAAAAUACGACUGAAAAUAGAAUAUCUUCUGUAAGAUCAAGAUUUCCUUCAUUUUUACAUUCGCAUUUUCAUGAAGAAGAUAAAGAUAUUCAUGUAAGUCUUUUCCAUAUAUAUACUACUAGACUGGAAACCGGAAAUAAAUUCUUAUCCGCCACUGAUCGAUCGUGAACAUUUUGUAGAAAGUUGGAUCAAGGCGUUGUUUUGUCAAGUAGUUCAAAGAAUUAUCUGCAUCAUAUAAAAACUAAACAUCUGACCUAUCAUCAUCAUGAGCCAAAAUAAAUCCUUACAAACGCCUCUUCAGGAUGAGAAGUACACCUUCCUUUUCAUUGGUAAAACCGGCACUGGAAAAAGCUCAUUAUGCAAUUCAAUAAGUGGCACAAAUGAAUUUGUCGAGUCUGAUUCUAGUAUAUCCGUGACCUCUGAACCGCAAUCAGCCACGUCUACACAUUUCUGUAAGACAGUGACUGUAGUUGACACCCCCGGCAUAAUGGACACUUCAGUUAACAGUAACGAAGCUAAAAUAAAAAGUUUGGAAGAGAUGUAUAAAGCGAUAAGUCUUUGCCCGCCAAGUGGCAGAAGGGCGAUCAUCAUUGUUUUAAAAUAUUCAGAUCGAUUUACGAAGGAAAACGAGACUUGCAUAUAUAUAGUUGAAAAAAUUUUUGGUGAGGAAUGUUUGGAAAAAUGCUGCAUUAUUCUUUUUACGCACGGAGACCAGUUUGAUGAAAAUAAUAAGGAGCAAGUUGUACCACUAACUUUUGAGGAGUGGUGCUUACAGCAAAAAGGGGCGUUGGGAAAACUGUUUGAAAAAUGCAAGAAAAGGAUUGUAUUGUUUCGUAAAAAUGACGAGGACAAAAAAAUGAAUCAAAUACAAAUAAAGAGUCUGCUUGAACUGGCUGACGCUCUGGAUGAAAGUUAUACCGACGAAAGAUUUGAAGAGGCGAAGAAGAAACAUGAAAGACUGAAGCUAGAGUCCAUCUUACCAGAGAGGCUGACACACUAUGAUCAAAGAUUGAAUGACAUACUUGUCAAGAUCAAUGAAAACCUAAUUGAAGAUCAAACGAUUGAAAAUUUUAAAUCUUACAAGUCGGAAGUCAUUGACGUUUGUGAUGAUCUAGCUCUAGAGGAUAAGGACGUUUACUAUGAACAGAAUGAAUCAAGUAUUUUCGAGGAACCAAAAUCACGAGCCGAAAAGAUGCUGGAGCUGAUUCAUCUUCAGCUAUUAAGAAAGUUAAAACAUGUUUUAACAUCAACCAUCGAUAAAUGGAAUUACAUCAUUCGAACCUGUAAAGAUGAAAAAGAAGUGAACAGAGUAGAUGAAGAAAGAAAAAUCUUGUAUGAAAGCUUUCUUGAGUACGGUUUAAUUAUAAACCAAGAGGGGAUAACUAUUAAUGUCGACAGAAAUGACCUGAAUCUGAAAACUGAAGAUGAAGAGUAUUUCAAAGAUGUAAUCAACCAAGUCAAAGAGCUAGAGGAGUCAAUGAUUGAGAAACGGAACUCUUUUAUCUCAAUCAAAACAAAAGCUGAGUUGGAAUUAGAACUCAAGUCACUCCAAAGUCAGCUCGAUGACAUCCUUGUCUCCGAUUAUUACCCUCGAGUACCAAUUAAUAUUAAAAGAAAAGCAAGGCAAAUUCUUGAAGAGAUUCAAGGAAAUGAGUCUUUCCUGGAAUUAGCUGAACAAUUUCAGGAACUUGAAAGAAGUGCCGACAAAAAAGUAAUGCAUUACAGACAGCGUGCAUUUGGUAGUAAAUUUUCUUUUGAAGAUUUCGGCGAUUUUGUUAGGUUAGCUAAUGCUAUGGUAAUACGUCUCACCUGGAACAUUGCGCGAAGACUAUAAAUUUAACAGAAGGAAUUAAAGUAAACAGUAAUUGACUACAUUACAGGCAUAGCUAAAUAAUCAUUUAUAGACUAAUUCUUUGUAUUGUCUUUAGUUUUAUGCAAACAAUAUAUUACCAACAUCGAUGAUAACAACAGCAUUCUUCUUCUGUACAAAUCACAUGCUUAGCCUCCUUUGAAUGUGUCAUCAUCCGAUGGUAUUUCAGUUUUUCUAGGAGAACAAAAUACAAGUGAUGAUUGUUGCAAAAAUAUGUAGGUCGUAGCAGGGGCUGAGUAGUCGCGGGAAAUAGUGCAUUCCUCAUUAAUCUUUGGACUCGAAGACUAACCUUAUUAUUAUUUUCAGGAGAUUUUUAAAAUCGCUUAAUAUUUUUACUAAAUGGAUGAAACAUUAUGAAUGAAUAUUAAACAAUCUGGGAUCUAUGCAUAAUAAGCAACAGAGAUACAACAUUGUAAAAAGAUAUGAUAGUAAAGUCAGUAAAGUUAUGCGUCUCUAGUGCUGCAACGUAUUCUAAUAGAUAGUUGUUCUAUACUAAAAUACACAUAAUUAUCAGAAAAUAUAAGCUCCAGACUUUGUUGUUUUCAAAAAGAUGCCGCCCAACACGCAGACUUUAUAUCGUCUAUUGUUGUACAGUGAUAACCUCUUGUGUCAUCCUGGAGGGUUUUGGACUUCUCCCGUCACUAGUGGACAAGCAGACUAUCGCAAGAUUGGCUGACCUAUUACUCUUUGUGGUUAUCUGGCCAUGCAUUUAACUGUUCAAAACUAGCUUUAUGGCCGAAAAAAAGGCCUAGCUUAUAUAUAUACCUACUAGCAAACAAAGUUAACAAUCGUCUAUGUGUACAGUACUCUUGUUAAUACAUGACAAACAUAUAAAAAACGCAAUGGAAAAGUCCUUAUAGAUCAUGUAUUUGUAUAUUAUUUUGUGAUAUAGAUCUAUUCACAUAUAUUACGAUCGAUUUGUUAUAUUUUCUAUUUCAUAUAGGCCAACACUCAUUCUACUUUGUUCAGUAUAUAAUAUUAAGUCUCCUAAAUAUAAUUGUUAAUUAUUUUCAGAAAUACUCUUAACGAGAACCACUACACCUUCCUUUUCAUUGGUAAAACCGGCACUGGAAAAAGCUCGUUAUGCAAUUCAAUAAGUGGCACAAAUGAAUUUGUCGAGUCUGAUUCUGGUAUUUCCGUGACCUCUGAACCGCAAUCAGCCACGUCUACACAUUUCUGUAAGACAGUGACUGUAGUUGACACCCCUGGCAUAAUGGACACUUCAGUUAACAGUAACGAAGCUAAAAUAAAAAGUUUGGAAGAGAUGUAUAAAGCGAUAAGUCUUUGCCCGCCAAGUGGCAGAAGGGCGAUCAUCCUUGUUUUAAAAUAUUCAGAUCGAUUCACGAAGGAAAACGAGACUUGCAUAUAUAUAGUUGAAAAAAUUUUUGGAGACGAAUGUCUGGAAAAAUGUUGCAUUAUUCUUUUUACUCACGGAGACCAGUUUGAUGAAAAUAAUGAGGAACAAGAUGUACCUUUCACUUUUGAGGAGUGGUGCCUACAGCAAAAAGGGGAGUUGGGAAAACUGUUUGAAAAAUGCAAGAAAAGGAUUGUAUUGUUUCGUAAAAAUGACGAGGACAAAGAAAUGAAUCAAAUACAAAUAGAGAGCCUGCUCAAAACGGCAGACAGUUUAGAUGAAAGUUAUACGGACCAAAAAUUUGAAGAUGCAAAAAGGAAGCAUGAAAGAGUAAAGUUAGAGUCGAUCUUACCGGAGAGGCUGACAUAUUACGAAAAAAUAUUAAUCGAAAUACAGAGCCAACUAAAUGAAAUUGUGGCCCAAGAUCAAUCUAUGGAAAAUCUCAUGUCUUACGAAUCGAAAACCAACGAAAUGUUACAAGAGUUAGCAGUGGAGGACGCUAAAGUCUACUAUGAAGAGGGGGAAGUAAGCCUAUUGGAGGAACCGAAAUCCGAAGCUGAACUGCUGCUGGAGAAAAUCCAUCUUCAGUUAUUGAGAAAGUUAAAACAUGAUUUGAGAACAGCCAUUAAAAACUUAAAAUACAAACUUCGAAGCUGUAAAGAGAAAAAAGAGAUGGACGAUCUCGAGGAAGAGAGAAAACUCUUAUUUGAUGGUUUUUUAAAUUACGGUUUAGUUGUUGAGGAAGAAAAAAUAACUAUAGACUUAGUUAGAAAUAUAUUAAAACUACAAACAAAAGAUUUAGAGUUUUUCAAUGACGUAAUCAACAAAAUGGAAGCGCUAGAGAGGUCAAUGGUGCAGCAAAGAAAAUCUCUGACUUCAAUCGAAACAAGAACAGAGUUGGAAUUAGAGCUUAAGUCCCUUACAAAAAAACUUGAUUGUAUCUCUGAUUUAGAUACUGACCCUGGAAAACCAAGUCAGAUUAAAGAAAAAGCAAAACUUAUAAUUAAGAAAUAUCAAAAAGAUAAUACAUUAGAGGGUUUAACGAAACAAUUUAUGGAACUUGUAGACAUCGCCGAGACAAAAAGAAAGCAAUGCAAGAGAAAUAGACUCAAUAUGUAUUUGGAGACGGGUGCUGCAAUAAUUACAGCUGCUACUGGUCUCUUUGGUCCUUUAAUGAAUGUUGGCGGAAAAAUUGCUGUUAGAACCAUGCCUGUUAUUUUGUAUGUUCCGAGGCUAUUUGUACGUUUGUUGUCAAAGUGAUUUAACUGAUAAAUAUUUGCCAAUUGAAAUGAAAACAAAUGUUUCUGUGGACUUGAGUUGUUGUUUUAAGUUUUAAAAAGUUACCAACAACAUUAUUAAUAAACCACCUCAAGUGGCAAUCACCCUCUCAUUAUUGAGUAAAGUUACCCUUUCAGAUUUUGCGAUCUAUAGGGCAGAUGAUGAAAACGUCAUCUGUUUCUGCUGACCACGUGUAACGAAUGUGUCAUGUGGCCACCACAACAACCAACCGCCUUUAAUUUACCUCAUCUAAUGUCAGGUACCCAUUAGAGCUGGUUGGAAAGGCGCUUUAAGAUCCCGAAACUAAAAACCCCAGUUUUCACCAGGGUUCGAACCUGGGACACUCGGUUUUCUUCCUAGUCAUGGCACCUCCGAUGCCUAAGGCGAUUCAUUAACUCUUUCUCUCCUAACUGACGAUACCGGCGUUGAUUCCACCAGAAUGAGGUAAAUAAUUACGAAGAAAAAGAGUUAAUAUAAGGUGGCACAAUAAAAUAACCAAUGAAGAAUAGCUAGAAAGAGCUGGGUGCCAGGACAUCCGCUGCGUUAUGACAUGACGCCUUGGCAAGCUUGGUCACGUUCAUACAAUGUCACAAGGUCGACUUUCAUGAGUCAUUCUGUAUGGUGAUCUAACAGUAGGCAGGGGAGCUGCUAAUCUUCUACUUUUACUGUAUACUGAUGUAUGCAAACGCGACAUGAAGCAGGGAAAAAGUGAUUUAAUUACUGUACCUUAUAACCUUAUAAAUUAAAUUUUUAGGCUUAAAAUGUCUAAAUUGUGACGUUCAUUUAAUAUAUUUAGUGUUUAAAUGAUUGCAGACAUGUUAUUCCCACUUGAUCUCUGUAGGUUUGCUACACUCGACCUAUCCACGGUAGACUUUUAACAUGUCUAUUUUUAGCGUUUUCUUUACUUUUUUAAAAUUACAUUUUUCUGUAAUACAGACUGUAACUGAUUUGUGUAAGCAGACCUGUAUUUAGCUUAAUGGUCUUUACAUAUAUGUAUAUGUUGUAUUCAUAUGACUAUGUUUUGUAGAAUGUUUAAAAUGUUUCGGAUGUUCCUUCAGAGUUGAUAACCUACUUUCUAGUCAAAAUCUUCGCAGGGCGAUGUGGCGCAGGCAGGGUAUGAACCUUAGACCAUCAAGACGACCGAACGAUAAUCUUGGGCGUAUAUCGCACCACUAAGCAGCCAUCAUUUAAACGUCGAAACUGUUAGAGUCUGAUAUUUAAAAAUAAAUAUGAAUGUUUUUAUUAACAAUUAAGAUUUCAUUCUUAAAAUUUUGUUUAUUCAUGUUCAUUUAUUUGGUAUUAAUUAUAGCAAUUUGAUGGAACAAUAUUGAUGAAAAUAAAUUUUACUUGUUUAAAAAUU